AUGGCAGGUCGAACGCCGAGUUUUAUUUUUGUUGGUAUUGUUAUGAUAGUAUGUCUUGUUGGAAUUUUUUAUAUGUCAUGUUCAUCACAAACAAAUGAAUUUCAAGAAACAUUAGCAAGUUUUGAACAACGCAUACGAACAUUAGCAGAAAAAAAUCUUGAGAAAGAAAAAGAAAUUGAAUCAAUUAGUGCAACUAUACGUGAUUUGGAAAACGAAAAAACAAAUAUUCAACAACAAAUAGAACAAAAAGAUUCAGAAGUCAAUAAUCUUAAUACAAAAUUAAAUGAAAGAAAAGUACAAAUUCAAAAUUUAAAAUACGAUAAACAAUUUCUUGAUAAUCAAUUAAUAGAAUUUAAAACUAUAAAUGAAACACUUGCUUCAAAAAAUAUAGCUAUUGAAAAAUUACAAGAAGAACUUGAUGAAGGAAAAAAAUCUCAUGAUGAACAAUUAAAUCGAUUGAAACAAGAAAUUAACAAUUAUGAAAAACAACUAAGUCAAUCACAAAAUAAUCAAGAAAAUUCUAUUAUACUUCCAAAUCAACGUUUUCAACCGUUAUUAUUACCUAAUGAAACAAUUAAAACUUCUUUAUUAGUAUCUCAAGAACCUUUAGCUCAACUUAAUCAGAUUAAGAGUGAAAGUAAAGAAGAUAUUCCUAAUUCACUAACAAAUCAAACAAUUCCAACUAAUGAAAAACAACAAGAACAGCUGCAACUCAGCCGUAAUGAAUCAGUUUCUGUAUUACCUAAAAAUGGUUUAGUAGAUCAAGAACUGAAUAAUUCAGAUUUUCAUCAACGUUUACAACGAUCAUUGAAUAAUUCAUUAUUUGACAAUCAACUUCUUAAUGAUACUGAUAACAAUAAUAACAUGCGUCUAGAUAUUGGAAAUGCUCAGAAAACUAUAAAUAUUACUUCCAUUCCAUUUUUAAACGAAACAAAUAUUUCUAAUAAUCAAUCUCAAUUAUCAGCAGACAAUAAAAAUUCUCCUAUAGAUAAUUAUGAACAAAAUCAUCAAGUUAAAGAUGCUCAUGAACAGAGGAUAUUCAAUAUAGAUUAG